AUUUAAAGGCAUCAUGACGCAUUAGCGGUAACUGUUUCAAAGACUGAAGCUGGUCGGCAGUCUGCCGCAUACAUAACUUUUCACUUCACGCAUAUAAGUUGACGUAGGUGACGUAAAAGAGUGCAAGUGAAACGAAUCGGUAUUUGAUAGGAUUUUAGUGUUAGGUAUACUUCAGCUGCCUGUUAUACUUUUAGUUUGUUCGACGUUAAACAACUUUGACGAGCCGAGCCUAAGGGCUCAGGCUGGUUGUAGAUGGACCAUUUGACUAAUCGGGUUACGGCGAGUGAGCUCAUUUUCGCCUUCCUUCAAGAGGGCCAUGAGAGCGCAGGCUACAUGAAGGAGCUUCACUCGCUGGGCGAACAGUUGAAGUUUUCUUGGGACAUCAACAGCAAUGGGCACGACACACGUAACCUGGAUAAUGGAGAGCUUGAAACUGAUGGUUAUCAUCCAAGCAAUAUCGGACUCUCUAUGCAGGAUCUUCACCCCAUAGUGGAUCUACAGAUCCGGGGAAAUCAUGAACAGGCUGCAGCUGUUCUUGAGGUUGCACGAGCGUUGGGAGAAAUCGCUGCCCAGUUUGAAGACAGAAUUGUGACUGAAGCUACCAGGAACCUGAGCAAUAACAUAUCAACCUCCCCUCUUCAAAAAUGGAAGGAUUACCUUGCCUUUGAGGUAGAGAGGGUGAUGAUGCGUGGGGUAGGUCCUGACCUACCCUGGGAGAGAGUCAUCAUAGCCCUUGCACUCACGCUGGUGAAGAGGGUGUGCGUGCAGACCCCACAGAGGUUGAGAAACCUUUUCCACACCGCCCUGCAGUACAUCAACGCUGCAUGGGCUUUGUGACUGAAGAAAAGCUGUCAAUAAGGAAAUGACAGUUAAAUCUGAAACUGCAGUUUGCGUCUCAUGAUUAGCCAACUGUGAAAGGAGUUUGUUGACAUGCCAGUGGUAGCAAACACUUUUGUAGAACUUAAUGAAAGCGUUAAACAUGACACUCAAGUUUCAUUAUUCCUUUUGUUAACUAUUGCUUAAGUGUUAUUUUUCUUUAAUACUUGAAAAAUGUUUACUUUAUGUUGCUUACACAUAAGUAGCAUGAUUACAUUUUUUCCCUUCAGAGUUUAAUUUCAUUGUAUAUACACAAAAUAAAUCACAGCUGAAGUAGUUUAAUCUCUUUAUUGUUUUUUGCUUCAAACAAUGUUCUGUAGGAAACUCAAGGUACAAAAUGCCAUGUUGGGUAUUGUUUCUGACAUCCAUCCUGCUCUGGACUUUUAAAGUUUCCCUUUGAAAGUAGAUGUAGUUUAAGUUGAUGAGUGUCACAUUUGCAGUACUGACGGUGGCAUGAACAGUCAUACAAAUUCCUGUAAUAUCUUUAAACUCAGAAAAUGAUUUUGCGUGAUGGCAGCAGCGAGGGUGUGUUAAGGACCAGGCUAACAGAUUACAUGAGUUCCUCAUAAAUUUCCCAGCUGUUUUCCUCUGAGGGAAUCAAAGGGAGAUUCCAUAUUAUUUGUUUCCACUUCCUGUUCAGUAUAUUGUUUUGGUUUCUUGUGCUCUGCUGGUUUACUAGAAUGUUCAGUGAUUUCUUUAAUGUAGUGUGAACGCAAAAUCCAAAAUUACAGCUAUGUAAGAGA